AUGUCGAACGCAGAGCUUGAAUCAGGGCGUCUCUCGCCGUCAAAGGAAGCGCCAACUAUUGCAACUGCCGAUAUCUCAAAGGAGGCGCCAACUAUUGCAAGUGUCAAUAUCGAUCCCAGGGCAGAGCGCGCGUUAGUCUGGAAGUUCGAUCUUCGUCUCCUCCCUGUCCUUGCAAUUAUGUAUCUGUUCAACAGCUUGGACAAAUCCAAUCUAGGGAACGCGAAGACAGCUGGGCUUGAAGAGACACUCUCAUUGAAAGGAACCCAGUACAAUCUGAUUCUGAGCAUAUUUUUCGUGCCAUAUGUUUUGACUGCUCCAUUCUUGGGUCUUCUCGGUAAGAAAUAUGGGCCUAACAUCGUGCUACCCUGUAUGAUGCUUGCCUUUGGCACCUGUACCAUUCUGGUAGUCGCUGUUUUCAACUUCAGUGGCCUUCUCGCCAUUCGAUGGUUUCUGGGGAUGGCAGAAAGUGCCUUCUUUCCAUUGGUGAUCUAUUACCAAACGACCUUUUACCGCCGAGGCGAGUUAGCCCGCCGACUAGCUAUUUUUUAUGCUGCACAAACGAUUGCCUCAGCAUUUUCUGGAUUGCUCUCUUUCGGAGUUUUCCAAAUAAAAUCGGGUCCAUUGGCCUCUUGGCGAUAUCUGUUCCUGAUCGAAGGAGGAGGAACCGUUCUCUUUGCACUCUUUGCACUGUGGUACUUGCCUCGGUCGGCUUCAGAGGCUGCGUUCCUGACCCCGGAAGAAAAGGAACUAGCAUACCUUCGACUGCAGAUUGAUAGUUCUUCGGUGGUAAACGAAAAGCUGGACAUCCGUGAUGCAUUCCGCGUUUUCAAACACGGUACUAGCUGGGCAAUUCUAGCCAUUCAAGUUUGCCUAGGUGUUCCGCUGCAAUCGGUCCAGCUAUUCCUUCCGGUUAUCAUCAAGCGUCUUGGAUAUAGCACAGUGAAAACCAACUUGUACACUGUAGCGCCUAACAUUUCCGGUGCUGCAGUGUUGCUUAUACUGGCUUUUGGCAGCGAUUGGACCCGGUGGAGAUUUCCGUUCAUCGCACUAGGAUUCCUGUUCACGUUUGUUGGAUUCAUUAUCUACGCAACCAUCGACGUUCAGCGGGAUCUAAGCGUUGCAUAUUUCGCCUCAUUCUUGAUGACUUGGGGAACCUCUGCGCCUUCUGUUCUGCUUGACACUUGGUACAACAACAAUAUCGCAAAUGAAGGUCGACGUGUCGUCUUGACGAGCAUCGCUGUUCCUGUGGCCAACUUGAUGGGAGUUGUCAGCUCAAACAUAUUUCGCAACCAGGACGCACCGACUUACCUACCUGCCCUAAUCACUACGGCGUCAUUCGGCGGUGCUGGCAUUGUUCUAACACUCUGCCUCGGAGGUUGGAUGAUAGCAGAUAACAAAAAGAGAGACCGGGCGCAGGGGGUUCACCUUAAAGCAAAGAAUAUUCCAACGGAAUACCUUCAGGAUGGACCUGCUUCUGAAACAUUCCGUUGGUUCUAUUGA